AUGGAUGCUGCUCAAAGGCCCACACCAAUACAUAUUCAAGAAGCGGAAGAUAAAUUAUCUCCUAGAUCUGAAUAUAACACUUUCGAUUUUGAGCAAUCCACGACGGCAGUAGAUUUUAAGCAUUCGUCUUCUCCAACCUAUUCGCCUUCAAUGAAUGAAGUAAAAGAAGAGGCUGAAAUGUCCAGCCUGAGAGAGCAGGUUCAUGAAAUCAAAAGCAUGCUUGAAGGCCAAGAGAGAAUUCUUAAUAACUUUAAAACCAGAAUCCAAGAAGCUAAAGAAGACAAUCUUAAAAUUUCGACUUAUCUGUCAAGUGUUGAUAUUUCAAAUCUGUCAUUAUCCGAUUCCCAUGCCAAAUCUUUUUAUAUGAUGAGAAGCAUUGACUAUAAAGCAAUGGAUCAUCCAAAUCUGUCAUUGAUUCACAAAAAUGAUGAUAGAUCAUUUGUAAGUAGCUUGAUGGGAUUGGACUCAGAAAUACAAAGCAUCCCAGAUAGCGAAAUCCCUGAUGAAUCAAGCUAUUUUUCAACAGAAAGCUACUCAGCCUCUAACCAAAAGAAGUCAUUCAAAAACCGAGGAUUUGUAAGAUCUCAUGUGCUAUAUCUGCACUUAUAA